AAUUACGAAGUUUUUGCUAAACAUUCAAACAAUUCUAAUUGAAUUCGAUUUCUAAUUUUGAAACAAUGUCAAAUUCUACAGAUACGCAAUCCAGUUUGUCUGCGCUUAUUGCUGGAAGAGACUAUUUAGAAGCUGAACUUUUAAAACUUCACAAUCAACUGAAAGAGUAUAACGUAACUAUGACUGAGCCUCUUGUGGAUGGUGAAGGAUAUCCCCGCAGUGAUGUAGAUGUGUAUGCAGUUCGUCAUAUCAGACAUCAAAUUAUAUGUAAAGAAAAUGAUUACAAAGCUUUAACAAAAGAAAUAGAGGAAGGUUUAUAUGCACUUCAUGCAGAAAAUAAAAUUGUCAAUAGUGAAUCUUGUACGAACCAAAAUCAAGUGCAAUUGAAACCCUUUGCAAAAGUAGAUUUAGUUGAUCCAAAUUCACCUGCUGAAAAAGCGGAUCUUCAAGUUGGUGAUCUCCUUGUCAAGUUUGGAACUCUUAAAUUCAGAAAUUUUGAGAACCUCUCUGAAGUUGCCAAACUUGUAAAUGAAAAUCUAAAAAAGCCCAUUCAUGUGAGUGUUCUAAGAGAUGAUAAGCUUGUACCUUUAAUACUGGUUCCUGACGAGUGGAGUGGUAAAGGACAUCUUGGGUGCAGAAUUAAGCCACUGCAUUGCUAACAUGCCAAUACAUAAGUAAUCAUGUCUUUUGUUUAUGAAGAGGUUUUCAUGUAUUCGUCAAUGUGACAUGUAGCUCAUUAAUAUUGUGUAGGGGAGACCGGGCAUAGUUGGCACAGUUUUCACUUUUUGAUUUUUCUAUUUUUUUCUGUAGUAUUUACGGUAAAAGUGAUUAUGCCUCUAAUAGGGUAAAAUCUUGGCAAAAAAAAAAAAAAAAAAACACUACUGGGAGCAUCAUCUAAAACUCACUGGGAAACUCAUGAAAAAUAUUCUUCAAAGACACCUCAACAGCACCGACUAACCCGAGUCGGGGUUAGUUGGCAUAGGUAGUGGGGUAAGGUGGCAUAUGAUGUGAAGCAAGCGUUUCUACUCGUCUUUAUGUAAGGUUCAGUCAGAAAUAAUGUUAAUGUGCUUAAAAUCAAACAUUGUGUCAAGAAAAAAAAACAUUUUUAAGUACACAAAAAGUAUACAAACGAAAAUGUACAAAUCAUAAGAAGUCAAAAUCAAAUCAUCCAGUUGAGUCACAUGGCAACUGAAUAAAGUGCGGGGUCACUGCUUAUCAUAAUGGGCGGUUAAAUUUUAUUGAUGAUUUUAUUAGAUUUUUACCAGGUUAUAUCCAUGUUUUCAGGCCAACACUAGUUUCCCUUGUAUUUUUCCAUUGUAGAUACUUUAAAUUCACCAUUCCAAAUUUCUGUAAUUUUUCCAGGGUAUACUCCGUAAAUGUAUUUCACAGCUACAUAGUCCCCCCACAAUGAGACCCCCAACAUAAGUCUUAUGACUCUUGAGUCCCUACGACCUUUUUCUUGUUUGAGUUUUUCACUAUAACCUCACUUUGCAAAUGCAAAAUUCCAUCUUUUUCAUCAUUAUCACUCAAUCCAAGUCCACCUAAAAUAUUCUUACUCUCUACAUAUUUAAUCUCUAAAUCCUCCUCUUCAUUAGUGGAGCUAAGUACGCAUUUAAUUUUCCUUGCCUUUUUUGCCAGUUUUGUAUUUUUUAAUCCUGAUCUAGACUUUUUUUUUGUAUUCACUUUGGAUUUUCUUUCUUCUUCUGUCCAUCUUCCAGCAGCCUUUUUUCCGAUGUACUUGUCAAGAUGGCAGGAUGUCUUUUUUCUUUUUUGUGACCAUUGUUGGAUAUUACUACUCAUGGCCCUGCUUUGGGGAACGGCCUAAUAUCUUGGAAAGGUAUCCCUUGAAGUGCUUGGCUUAUAAGAAGAUGGUCCUGGUGUAAAAAGAAGUUCGAUUUCGGUUUCAUCGCAUGUCCCAGGCUGAUCAGGAUCAACUGGGUCAAGAAGUAGGGAUAUCUCUAGGCUAGAUACUGAAGGAGCAGAGAUCACUUCUAUGACUGAGUUCGUGCAAUCAGUUACAUAACCAGGCAUGAAAUCUGCCUCAGUGAAUACAUCUGGAUUAAGUGGAGAAAUGGGGCCGGCUCUCCCUGAACCCUCUCUUGGUGUUUAUUGUGGUUUAGCACCCUUAAUAGCUGUGCCACAAUUCCAGGGAUAUCAUAAAUGUCUAUUCUUUUCCCUUUAUUGUCUGUCACCCAUACAUCACAUGCAGUGUUGACAUACUUUUUUAAUGGACCAUAUACACUCAGAUCAUGGGGCUGUAACUUAUGGAUACAGUGUGGAGGGAACACGAGGAUUGUUACCCCAUUAUUCUUGAAGUAGUCAAGUGCAGUCACAGAACCGUGUGAUUUGUGGUUGUCUAGUAACAACAGUAUGCAUAAAAGUACCUUUAAUUUGACACCUCAAGCGUUAAUACCCAUCCAGCUGUUAUUGAGUCAUGACUGUGAAAAGAAAAUUCCUUCCGUAUUUAUAUACAGAUAAAAAUAAUAAUAAAUUAUUAUUAUGAAGUACCCUAUACUUAACUAAAAUUAUGUUGGCAUAAAUGUUAGCAUACUUCAACUAAUCUGUUGUUGUGGGGUUCGUUGCCAUAUCCAGUCAACUUAUGUCAAUUAGCCCCUGAGUACUUAUGCCAAUUAACCCUAAUACAGCAAAUAAAAUAAGCAUGGCGACCAAACCAAAUGUUUAUCAACUACAACGGAAAUGGACUUAUAACCUCUUAGCUAAAUGUCCAAAGAUACUAAAAACUUGUGAAUGUUACCUCUGUGCGAAUACGCUACUAUACAAAACGAAAAAUACUGAAUAAUCAAAAUUUUACUUACUGAUACGAAAAUCACAUUUUCAAUCCUUUCACUCAAAGCAAUGGCUGGAUUCAGCUGGUGUUCUCAUGCUAGAUAGACGAAUCAAUGAUGAUCAUGUGACAGGCUCAGUGGCGCUCUGAAUCAGUUGUCGAGUUUUUUAAAAUCACAAUGCCAACCAACCCCGGUCUCCCUUACAUCUACAUAUGUUGAGUUUUGAAUGAUUUUUGUAAAUGUUUGUAUAAAUCAUCAUAAAAUGUAAAAAUGUUGAAUAAAAUAUUCCACGUUUCCUCA